AUGGCGGGAGCGGAGCGGGGCGGGGGGCUCGGUCGUGAGGGGCCGGGCUCGGGGGUGGCGGCUGUCGGGGCCGCGGCUGUGCCGAGCCCGAGGGCGGUGCCGGGGGCGGCGCUCGGUGUCCCGGCGUUGCCGAGUGUCCCGGUGUCGCUCGGCGCCGCCGGGAGCGCCAGGAGCGGCGGCUCCGUCCCGGGAGCAGAGCGAGCGAGCGGCGCUGCCGCCGACAGCCACAGCGCGCGGAACUGGUACUGUCUGCUCAGGCAGAGGACUGCAAAGGACAGUCAGAAACGGCGCCUGCGGCUCACCCGGCUGCUCAUCGACGGCGGCGCCUACGUCAACGAGAGCAACAGCCGCGGGGAGACCCCGCUGAUGAUCGCCUGCAUGACCAAACACGCCGACCUGCAGAGCGCCAGCAAGGCCAGGAUGGUGAAAUACCUGCUGGACAACAAGGCUGACCCCAACAUCCAGGACAAGUCCGGCAAGACCGCGCUGAUGCACGCCUGCCUGGAGAAGGCGGGCCCUGAGGUGGUGUCCCUGCUGCUGAUGAGCGGGGCUGACCCCAGCCUGCCAGACCACUCCAACUGCUCUGCCCUGGUGUAUGCCAUAAACGCCGCAGACAGGGACACCCUGGAGGUGCUGCUCAAGGCCUGCAAGGCACGGGGCAAGGAAGUGAUCAUCAUCACCACGGACAAGUCCGCCUCAGGGAGGCAGAAAACAAAGCAGUACCUGAACGUGCCUCCUCCAGACCUCGAGGAGUGCAUUUCCCCAGCUGAUUGCACCUGCCAGUCAGAAAUAGAGUCAGACGAGGGCCCAGAAGACCCAUUCAGCUUUAAAGAGCUGUAUGGGGGACAACAGGGGGACAGCUCCUCUGAAAGAGUGCCACUGAUGACCAAACCCAGCUCCACACCAGCACGGUUCAAGCUGACGCAGGUGCUGCAGUGUGACCCGUGGCUGAAGUGCUGUCCACCAGUGUUUCAGCAGAGGAAAAUGGCUUCUCCUCAAGAACUUCAGGGUGCCAGUCCCAUAGAAGAGCUCUCUUGUAAAACCAGUGGCCUUGACUUGUGCAAGUGUGUCGCCAGCAGUCACGACAGUAGAGACAGGAAGGACUCAGCUCAGGUACUGAAAACCUCUGAUCAAACCUUGUCAAGGAAGGCAUUGCGUGAUGCAAUAAACUAUCAGACUCCUUUCGUUGAAGAGAAACACAACCCCAGUGAGAUUCCCAUGGGCAUGGAUGCCAGUUUGGGACAAAUCAGCUUACUUUCCAGCUUUGGCAGUAUUAUCAAGAAAGGGAGUGGAGAAGCAAAUUACAGCAUGUCCAGUUCUCAGUCAGCUAACAGUCUGAUUCCUGCUGCUGAUGCAAAAGGCAGUAAGUCACCUAAAGCAAAUAAAGAGAUUCUUCCUACAUACCAGACUUUGUUACCAAGUCCCAGAAGAGCUCUGGAGCUGUCUCCUGUUUCUCCAAGAGGCAGAAGCCGGACUCCUGUGGAGGGAGCAGGCUCAGGAGCCUUAGCGUUGGAUCAGGCUAGGCCAGGUUUCCUGCCACCACUGAACCCCCGGCCCCCAGGUCAGGAGCUCACUGUCAUAAACACAGUUUCUGGAAUGAUUUCUUACGGACAAACUCACUUAGCACCACCAGGACCUGCUUUCCCUAAGGGGACCAAAGACACCAAUCUGAUGCGGAGGAGGCCGUAUGAGCAGAUAACAGUCUAAGCAGAUUCAGCAGUUACUGCUUUUUUAACAGGAGAGCAAAGGGGAUAUUUGUAAAUAUUCACUGCAGUCCUUGACUGUUAUGGUACCUAUCACAAAAUAGAGCAGGUCUGUGCUGUAAAGUAAUGUGUGCCUCAGGAUGAGUGGAAUAGCUCAGAAACUAAAUGAGAAGACAUACUUACCCAGUGAGGCUGUCUUCUGCAAGCUAAGGAGGGUUUAUUUUGCUGGUUUUGUAAAGUUUUCAACUUGCCUGUAGCAGACUGAACCCACAAGGGUCCAUAAGCAUUGCAGUUCUCAUUGUAGGUUGUAAAUACCACCCGCCUAGAUUUCCCCGAACGCACGCCCUUUCAGCACCCAGAGAGGUGGUGCACACGGCAUUUGGGAACACGAAGCAUUUGACUGUGACGCUGGACAGCAGACUGCCUGUGUCCAGGUUGUAUAUAUGCAGAACCC